AAAUGUCAGCCUGACUUUUGAUCGCAAUUUCUCGGAAACCGUCGGUCAGCUGUUUAAGAUAAACCAGUUUUCCUUUUGGCUUCUUUUUGACAAGCGUAUCUCGCUACAAGCUGGACUUUCCAUGGGUUUACGUUGGUUUUGUUGUCGCGAUAGUUUGUUCACUGUCCUCCUAUGUUAUCUGAUGUGCAGCGAUGUUUUUUUCUGCAAGGCUGCGGAUCCAUGGAAUGUUUACGAGGAAAAUAGUGACAGUCUAUCUGAAAGAAUCAUCACCAUCAAAAUGCCUGGAACCCGUCCACUAAAGGCGAGUACUCAUCGCAUUUUCACUUCACUUGACGACAUAAAAUUGACUAGGGAAUUUUUUAUCUGUUUCUGUGACGAUGUGUUAAUUUUUUUUCACAGUUUAGUGUUAAAAGACUUACAUUUAUUAAGCUAUGAUACUUAUAAACGUGACAUUCGGUCUUUUUAAUAUUGAUGUGUUCACAACUAGCUGAUCUAAGAGUUUGAUUUGAGGAAAAAUAUGAGUCGCAUUGCCGAGAUAAGCAACCAUUUUAGGCUGAUCGGUGAUUCAAUUUGAUUCGUAGCUGUUUAUUUGGCAUUCUCUAUUGCUGUGCGGUUAAUCUAGUAUAAGAAGUUAAGACUUGUUUACAAAAAGGAGGUAAAUUAACUAUUGAAUUAAGUCUUAUUUUAUUUUCAUUCUGUACUUAUAUCUGGUUGCAAAACUAACAAAACCUUGGUCUGUAUAAUACUGAAUAAAGGCAAUUUUUGAUGGAAGUUUUAUUUUUAGUUGUUAUACACAACUCUUUUGCUUGGUAUAAUGAAGCAGUUGGAAGAAAAAUUUCCAAAGCAGUGCACAUAGUGUCUGUAACCCAAGAAUUGUGAAGGAGAAUGGUUCUAGUUACUUUUAUUCAUCCAUCCAUGGAACUAUUUUUUUCAAUGCAAAUUCAUGGUAUAUGAUUGAUUGUUAGAAAAAGAACUAAUUAACAAUUAUUCCACGAGUGUGCGUUGGAUAUUAGAUGGUAGAUAGCCAACAAGGUGCGUAGUGCAGAGUUGGCUAUAAUCAUCUCAUACCUAACAAGCACGAGUGGAAUAAUUUAUUAAAAAUGCCCACAAAAUAUCGAGAAUUCUUUGUAAAAACAACCAAUUUUCAGCUUGUUUUUAAUUUUGAGCAGAGGCAUACAAUAUUUUUGCCAUAUUGGAGAGCAUGGUACCUGUAUAAUGGCUCAUAUACCAUGAUGGCUAAGCCAAUCAGAGCUCUAGAAUAAUAAUUGCAUUAUCCAAUGAUUCAGUUUUUAAAACUGAGUGUUAGAUAAGGAACUUUUUAAAUGGCUUGUAAACAACACUUCCUUUCUUUAUUUAAUUUAAAGUCUCGACCGGAAAUUCAUAACUUACUGUAAUGUUUUAUUCCAUAGAGGGACACCUAUCUUUGUACAGCCGUAAGGCUUUCACCUCAGAAACAAUACAUAGGUAGGUGUAUGUUUUUGGCAGGUGCGGUAAUGAAAGUAACCAACAAAGACUCAUUAUAUAGGAAGCAAUCAGAACUUGGAAUGUUCUUCACUUUGUUAAGUAACUAAAUAAUCAACCUAUCAAUACCAUCCCUGAAUUGACUCACAAAUAGUUUGUGCUACUUGGUGGUCACUUCACUAGUGAAAAAGAGUACCAUGAGUUUUUGUGACUGUUUAGUCUUAGAUUUAUUCCUAAUGAAACAUAGAGAGAUUUGGUCGGUUGCCUUUGUGGAGGUUUAGGUUUACGUUCAAGAAAUGCUUUUGGCAAUGAAUCUCAAUGUCAAAAGUAUUUUACAGACAAAAUAAAAGUGAUUUGGACCAUUGGCUUUUUUGAAACAUUAAAGAGCAAAGUCGAUGUUAGAGGACCUUAUUGCAGAAAGGGCAGGGAGGACCCUGGUUUCUCUGAGAAGGUGAAAUAAUUACUGAUGUGUGCUCUGUGUGUUUUGUAGUUAAUUUUGAGCCAAGUGCUUCACAAGAGACAGCACAUCACAUGCUGUUGUUUGGAUGUCGCACUCCAGGCGCUGACAUCUCCAGCUGGUAAGGAACUCAUUUACACAUAUACUGUACCUGUACAUGUGCUGUAGAUGUGCCAUACCUGCAGUGUACAUGUAUGUGUUAUAGACUUAUACAGUAUAUCAUAAAAUCACAGUUGUGUUCUACUGGAAGGCAGAGUGGACUUCAGAUUGUAAGGUCUGGUUUUGAGUCUCAUGAUUUUUCCCCUAACAAGAAAGUACUUAGUUUGGUUGCACUGUCCCCUCCACCCAGGUAUACUUGGGUAGGAAUGGGUACAUUGUAUAAUGCUCCCACUAGACCCAGGAUGUUACUUAUGACUCUAAAGGGGCAUACCGGUACCCUACUGACACCUUCAUACAGAGACUCGGUUUGAGAAUUUCUUGGUAUGGAUAUGCAAAUUGGUGAAGUUAAAAUUUGCACAUGGGUAAAUAAAAAUCAUGAAAAAGAAUUAUAGAAAUUGUCUUUUGUCCAUUGUACAUGUACAAUGCAUGUGGUCAGGGGUAUCCACGUUCAUUUCAUGACCGUGCUUCUUGAUUGAAAGUCUGUACAUCCGUAAGGUGUUUGGUAGUGACUGUGGUCUUUAGACUAGAGGUCUAUGUGUCAUGUCUCCACAUCUUGAAAAAAUGCAAUAGAAUAAUGUUUGUUCCUUCCAUCAGGAAUUGCAAAGAUGGACCAUACAGUGAAUGCAGGAGUGGACAAAAAAUUCUUUACGCAUGGGCCAAGAAUGCGCCUCCAAAAUAUUUGCCCAAAGGUUAAUAAAAUGUCUUUUAAUCUCAGGAUAUAUUUAUUUUUUAUAAGCAUUUUUAAACGUAAAGAGAAACUUAGGACUAAUUUGUCAAAUUGUGUUAUUAUCAUCCUUAGAUGUUGGAUUUGCAAUUGGUGGAGACUCUGGUAUUGACUAUCUUGUGCUACAAGUACAUUAUGCAUCUGUGGAUAAAUUUCAAAGUAAGAACAUCAUUCAAUAAAUUAAACUGCUGCAUUUUCGAUCAUUAUAACAAUUAUACUUUUUGUAAAAUUCUUAAUAAUGUAUAGCGCGAUGAAAUGUUCUAUCAAAGAGGUUUCAUUUGAAUUGUACUUGUAAUACUGUACCAGGGCUAAAAAACUUGAAUUCCACAGCUUGAAUUGUCUCACUCUACCUACAUGUAACUCAUCCUAACAGUAAAAGGAUUAGUGUCUGAAAAUUUAUCAAAAGUAACUGCUAGGAAAUUAUAGUUGGUCAGUUUACACUUUGGUUGUCUGCUCUCUUAAAUUAACUAGAAGUGUGUAUUGUAUUAUUUCAUUGCUGUCUAGGUGGGGCUACAGAUCACUCAGGAUUCAUUCUUCACACUAGACAUCAAAGGUACGUGUGGUGUAAAUAUCAGUCUUUGUUCAAUUAUUUUAUUAACAAAUUAUGUUUAAAGGUCCACAUACCUUUUCAUGUUUAUAACCGGCAUGCAAUAAGUUGUACAAUAUUCAUGUAGCCUCUGCCAACAGCUAUCCUAUUCUCUAUCAUGGAUGCUCAACUUUGGUAGAGCAAUUUGAAAGCAUAAUGGCUUGUAAAUGGUGUGUUUUUGUCUAGUGUGGCUACAGGGUGACACAUAACAGAAGAUCAAGGUGAUGCAAUUGGCAAACUAGUGUAGAGCCGGUUAGAAACCAGUUUAAUAUGUCCAACUAAAUUCUCAGACAAAAAGGAUGGUUGUUUGGAAAAGCUACUUUCCAGGCCCAGUGCAUAUCACAAAAGGUAGCCUCUGCUAGGCAGGGUAAAAAGAGAUAGAAGCCUUUUGUCAAUUUUCUUUUUUUUGAAUUUCUCUUUCAGUCUUCCAUAUGGAGGGGGAAUUUAUCUACUCUGGGCGUACAGUGCCUCCAUUCCACCCGAAACAUCUGGUUUGUACUGAAGCCUCCCUGUUGUUUACUUGUCAUUAUUUCCUUGGACUCUCUAUUAAAUGCAGGCAGAAACCAUUUUCAGGCAGGCUACAGUUACUCGACAUGUUCGGGGUGUUCUGGGUUUCACAGUAAAUAUGAAGACUUUAACAUAUAAAGCAAGUGUUUUUCAAAAAGAUUUCAUAUCACAGUCUGUCGUUAUCGAACUCUUUCCCAUAAGGACUCUAACUCGCAGCCCUGAGGGUCUCUGCAAUAGCAGGUGUUAACUGAAAUGUCACCAGUUCAUGACUUUGAUUUACUGGUUUUAUUUUAAUUUUAGGUGUGCAUGUUGACGUGGCAUGUGAAUAUAAAAAGUCUGUGCCAAUGUUUGCCUUUGCAUUCCGCACUCAUGCUCACUCACUUGGUAUGUUGUAAAAGUAAAGAUUUGUUAUUAGAAUAUUUUAAUCCAUAAAUGUGUCUCUUUGUAAAGUUUAAAAUAUUUUUUAGUUAUAACAGAAAACAAUCAGAACAAUCAGUGUUGCACAAUUUCCAAGUAUCAGCCAUACUAUGAUAAUUAUUAUAAUGUUUGAUAAAAUGUGGAAGGAAGCUUGAAAAUACUAGUAGCAGAUCAUUGAUUUCAUGAAAAUUUUGCAAAGAACACGAAGAUUGCAUAGUUACUUGCAGCAUCUAUACAUGAUAUUUCCUGUAACCAUUUCAGCAACAGUGAUCACUGGAUAUAGAAUCCGUGAUGGUGUAUGGACUUUGCUAGGCAAGGGAGACCCCCAAGCCCCCCAGGUAAUAUUUAAUUACUAUUAAAAACUUUGUUUCUGUUUAUAUAUAUGUUUGACUGUGCAUGACAAAUUUGAUUUCAAGUAAAAUUGUAAUCUAAAUUGAUUCUCAGUUCCCUUUGUCUCUUAUAUAUAAUUUGCUAGGAGACAAUUUAAAGGAAUUGAAAAUUAACCUGAAGUCAAAUUUGACCUGUAACAUAAUUUACUGUAGCAACUUUCUCAGAUUAUUUCCUAAAUAAGGAGCAAAUCUUCUUGUCUUCCAAUUUGGGAUUAUCAAGGAGUAAAACCUUUUUGAAGAGGACUCUUAAAGUCAAACCUCCUUAAUAUGGACACUGGAGAAAAGAUGUCCAGAUGUCUACAGUAUAGAGAUGUUCUAACAACUGAGGUAGAGACAAGUUUUUUUUUUGCUCUUUUGAAACCAACUUAAGAAAGUUGUCUGUAUAAGGAGAGGUUUGACUUAAUAUUGUGCAAUUGCACUGAAAUGUAACAUGUUGUUUUAAAAGAACCACUCUUUAUACAUGUAACUAAUAGGAACUCCUUUUUUAAUUUUUGCAGGCAUUUUAUCCCAUGAAGGCCACUUUUGAGAUAAGGAAAGGUGACAUUCUGGUAAGACUGGGUUUCAUCAUUAAUAUAUUGUGAUGUUCUUCCUUUACAUACAUGGAAAUUUUAUCCCUACACUGAAUUCUAGUUGGUUCUGGUCAGAAUAUUGAAGCACGAAGAAAAUAAGCAAGCUUGAGCUUGGUAUUCAAUUUGUAGUGUACAUGUAAAUGUUUUUGGCUAUUUAAUCCCUAAAUUUAUUAUUGCAGGCUGCUCGUUGCACAUAUGAUUCAAGAGGACAUCAUCUACGUAAGGUAGUCCAUAUGGGGUAAGUCAGCCUACGUAGCAAGUGUCUUUCAAUGGAGUUAUUGUGUGAAAGUCAGUGUAAGAGCAAAAGAAAUGGAAGAUCAAAGCAGAAGGGACGGGAAAAUUUUGCUGAUGUUUUUAUUGUAUGGGGGGCAGAAACUUGACCUCAACCAUACAAACGUCUGUAAAAUUCCACGACUUUGCAGAGCUACUCUAUAUCUUCGUUUGUUUUGUACAAAUCACUUUCAAACUUGGCAACUUUACUGAUUUUUAAGGUACAUUUUGCUAACUGUCUCUUACUGGUCCGAGUCAGAAGUUGAAGAAACUGUGGAAGGGUCUUGUUGGAAAGAUUCAAUAACACUAAGUGCGAAAUUGUGUCAUCUGACAUUGUAAAAUGUUUUGGUACACUUCAAAUUUCAGGGCAAGUGGCAAUGAUGAGAUGUGCAAUUUUUACAUCAUGUAUUACAGUAAUACAGAGCUUCUGCAGUACUCAGGUGGAGACUGUGGAGAGCAGGACCAUGAUAAAAUCUUCAAACAUUUUCCAGCGGGUUCUGAUACACCUCUUGAACCAGAAUCACCUGAACUUAAAGCAACAUCCAACCUUGUUGUGAGUCCUACCUCUGGGAUUCCAUCUAAACACACGGAGAGAACACCUGCAGUAUCUCCAAGUGUUAAGUUAGAGCCUGGUGGAGACAACUCUUCAUCACCAAAAUCUUCAUCCGGUUCUGAUAAUAUUUCUCUUCCAACUGAAGCAGUUACUCAAAAAGUCACUUACAUGAAGGUUUCUCCUACUGCAAUGUCAUACAAACAAACAAGUUCACCACCAACAAAGAGCCAAACAGUUCCUGAUGGGGGUAGUGUGGGUGCAGUGUCUAAUCCUGUAAUACCUGUAGAAAAACCCACUACCACUCCCCAGAGUCACACCUCAGAGCUGCAUGUUGUUUCUAACUGGCCAAGUUUAUCAGCAUUGGAAAAGUCCAAAUUGGGACAAGUUACUGGUGUUUCAAUGGACUCAAAGGGCCAAGUUAUAGUGUUUCAUCGUGGUAGCAGGAUUUGGGAUGACAGGUAUAGCAUCAAAAUAUUACAUUGUUAACUAGGUCGUGGUAGUAAAAAGCCAAGGGGGGUUUACUUGGGUAAGAUUUUGCUGGGCAUGUGCUGCAGGCCUCUCGGAACCCCUACCCUAUAAUAGUCUAUUCUGUGGCCAAAUAUAGACCACAUCUUAGUCACUUUAAGGAUAAUGGAAUUUUCGUUAUCCCAACCUAGUAACGUUCUGUUUAUACAUCUGCUUUAUAAUUAAAACCUUUUAAAUAGGUCUUCGUUAAAUGAAUUGACACGUUGGUUAAACUUAAUGAAGUAGAAAUCUUCCCAUUUUCAAAUCUCUACCUACCUGAAUUUUCUGAUCCCCCAAAUCCCGAAAAUGUGCUAUCCCAUAAAAGUAAUUGGAAAUGUUUUUCAGUUGGGAAUGCCCUCACUGUUGUAACAUUUUCUUUCACAGGACGUUUGAUUCAUCGAAUGUUUUCCGUAAUGCCGACACUGUUGGCACCAUAUCGGAACACACUGUAUGGAUCAUAGACUCUGUGACCGGAAAAGUGCGAGGAUUUUGGGGCAAGAACAUGUAAGUAAUUUUUCUUGAAGAGUUCGGAUCCUGUGUUGAGUGUCUUCUUGGUAUUAUGUAAUUAGUAAUAUGCUUCUAUUGUAUUGUAGGUUUUAUUUGCCCCAUGGACUGACAGUUGAUCAUGAAGACAACUUGUGGCUCACUGAUGUUGCUAGUCAUCAGGUUAGUUUAUAUGUUAAGUGUUUGAAGAUUAAUUUUGUCGUGACGUGCGAUUGGCUAACAUAUUGAUCUUUCCCUUCUUUAUGGAUUCACCUGGCUCUCGGUUAGUAAAACAGCAACAGUAAAUGGCGUUUAAUAAAAAUACAAAUCGCGUUCUAAGCCCUUUUUGUGGCUUAAUGAACUAGGACGUACUUAUGAAAAGAGCAUCGUUUAUACCCUAAACUGUACAAAAUGAUAUAAAUUCUUUAACGAGAGGCAGUCGUCAAAGUAUUUUCCUCGCUCUUUUGCACCACAAACGGUAAUUAAAUAUUUAACAAAGUGGUGAGAAAUGUAUUUGUGUAAAUUUAAACUGAAAUGUUGUUUAUUUUUUUCGUUAUAGGUUUUUAAGUUUUCGCCGUUGAAUGAUCGAACCCAGCGUCUUCUUGCAUUAGGAGACAAACUUGUUCCAGGAUCUGGUAAUUCUCGAUUCUGUAAACCGACAUCUGUGGCUGUGGAUAAAAACGGAGAAUUCUAUGUUGCGGAUGGGUAAGUAAAAAUGGCAAAUUAUUUGUCUUUAUCUGAAAGCAGAGUUGCAACUGUUGCAACUAGUCUGCGAGCAAGCCCGGGAGCAAGCUCUCUAAUUACGGCAAGCGAGGCGAGCCUCAAGGGAAAGCGCGCGCGGCUCUUGAGUGUCUUCUUGCUAUUUCCCCAAUUGGAGAGCUUUCUCGCAAGCUAAGCUGCAACAAUGCUUUAAUUCAAAGGUACCCCCCCCUGCAAUUUAUAAUGGAAGAUACAUGACACUAGUCAGUGGACAGUUUGGCCCGUUGGAUACACUUUUAAAAGUACGAUCGAAUUAACCUUUAACAAAACAACUGAGCUAAGUAACGUUAUGAUCUAGAGUAAGACAGAGUGACAUUUGGUAGUUUCAAGAUAAACCUUUAGGCUCAGAAAACAAGAAAACAGCAGACAUUUUGCUACGCUACCACUGGUUUUCCCGCGAAAUGAUGUCCGAGGAACGAGCGCAGGAAUUUCGUACUGAUGAAGUGUCACUAUCCAGAUCUGGGUAGUGUUUCUGCGAAAUUUGCUGUAGUUUAAUAACACUUGUUUAUAAAUUAUUUACGACAGGUUUACAUUCGCAACUGUUUUUUGUUAUUAUUAUUAUUUUAUUUCUUUUUUAUUAAUAAUAUAAUAUGUAUAUCAAUAAAGACUGAACUACUUCAAAUACACAAAAUACACUACCCUCAUGUAAUAAUGUAAUAAUCCUUUCGCAACUGUGAUUUUUUUUUUAAUUUGAAAAACUAAAGAAAAGAAAGAACCCUAGUCGAUCGUUUAAACUGUUCAAUUCUUCGUUGUUUUCUGUAGUUACUGCAAUUCUCGUAUUAUGAAGUUUUCCGCUUCCGGAAAGCUUCUGAGUCAAUGGGGACAAAAGUCUUACAGUAGUCCAGGUAACGUUUACUUUAGUUUCUGAAUUUCUUGUGUCAGUGUAUCAACUGUUCUUGUCAACGGUACUGCAGUGAUCAUAUUUAAGGUCAUUUCUCACGUUCUUAGCUUCCCUAGUACCUGUAUCAAGAAACCAAUUCACCUAUUCAUGUGUAUGGGAAACCGUUGUGAAUUAAAACUACUUGAUAAAUGUAGAUGUAGAUUUAUACUGUAUUGCUAUCAACUUGCAUACAAGUGAAGCCAAUGACAAGAAACGUGGUUGGACUAUAACGUCGAAAAGUUUUUGGACUAAAAUUCUUCCUUGUGAUCAUUCAAAUUAAACCUCGUUAGUCUUUUUUGGUAGAUUGUCGUUCCUUGCGAUUACAUUUUUAAUUUAAUUUGAUGUCGCUCUUGGUAACACUUAUGUCCUUUAUUUCUGCUACCCCAGGUGACCCUGCUCCUGGCUCGUUCUUCAUUCCACAUGGUCUCGCUCUAGACAAUAAACGACAUUCACUGUAUGUUGCCGAUAGAGAGAAUGGACGCGUUCAGGUGUUCAACUCUAUCACCACUAGUUUUAUAGGACAAAUAAAGCUUCCAGAGUUUGGAGGGCUUGUUUAUGCUGUGGAUUACAAUGACAACGAACGUAAGUUUCUUCAAUCAUGACAGAAUAUUCUGUAUGGCUUAUGCGUUAUUAAGACGUUAUUAAGAUAACGCUAUGAUUCUAAACGACAACAUCAAAAUUUUUUUCCAAGAGAGGAGGACUUCAAAGGGCGGAAAUAUCUUUAAUAAUAAGCAGGAUGAACCGCUUUAUAGAGGUUUUUAAACCUCUUGUACAAAAGGCAAAACGAAAAUAAUUUUUCGGGUAUUUUGUCUUUCAGAAGGAGGAGUUCUGCACGUGGUCAAUGGACCUAAUAAGGAUCGACCCGUACAGGGGUUCACAGUUCGUGUUUCUGAUGGAACCCUGCUGCAAACAUGGCCCACAGAAAAAGGACAGGUACAGGAGUGAUAGUCAGUGAUUUCUAGUUUGUUUUGCGUCAAACUAGUUAACUCAAAUAGUAGUGUGGAUUACUUUAUACUAACAGUGGCUGAAAUGCUAAUUUAUCUACAGUUGAACCUCCAGACCACAACGGCCUCCUUGUGGACAGAGGAAAGUGGCCGUUGUAAAGAGGUUUGAACAGAAAUGUGACUGUUGUAGACAGGUGGCCGUUAGUGGAUCGAGAUUUGACUGUGUAGCGCGCAAAUCAAACAAGUGGCUUGACCAAUGGCAGAGCGACAAAUUGGGCACCGGAAGUCGAGUUUAGUCGUUUUCGCGCGCUUUCCCGUCGUCAAAUGACGUUCGCGUUCUGUUGCUAAAUCAGGCUAAUAUGUAAGUGUGUAAUUUAUUUAUUUAUUUGUUUAUUGCUGCAGGCUCUUUCCCAGCCUCACGACGUGGCGUCAUCCGUUGAUGGAACGGAGGUAUACGUUGUAGAACUUAAUCCAAACAGAGUGUGGAAACUUUCCUCGAAGCAGCAACCUGUGGAUGUUCCGUCAAUAUCUACUGUUUCGGUUGUAACAAACAACACUGCUCAAAAAAUCAGUCACCCCAGUCCUAAACCGACCAGUGAAAAGGUUCAUACAGAGCGAUCACAUCACGGUCCUCGUGUUUUAGAUUUGGUGGAAGAGAAGGCAAGUUUGGUCCCAACAGAUUAUGACUCAACCACUGCGACAGGAACCGAAAAUAACGGCUCACAAAGACAUGGAGAUGUUAAAAGUGGGAAUGCCAACCUCAGUCAAAUGGAGUCAAUGCACCACAACAAAUCCACUGGUCCAGUAAAAGGUGAUAUGGGAAACAAUUUAGCCGAACCUGUUACUAAAACCUCAUCAGAUAAGAACAAUUCUACAGGCGCACCAGAAAGUGAUACUCUAGACAGUGAUGACAGCCGCGAUGACGUAACAGCCGGCGUAAUUCCCGCGCUGGUUAUUCUGUCGGUGCUUGCUGUCCCCAUUGUGUUCCUUCUCCUUAUUAGCAUCACACUGCGCGUGCGUGCUUACCGCCGUGACAAACAUCUUCAAACGAACGGUUUCCAUGGAAGCAGGAAGAAUUUGUCAGUGGGGAGGACACGGGGCUGGUGGUCAUACAUGAAUUGCUGUGACAGGCAGAAGUACAAGUUUAACAGGGUCACGCUACAGGACUUUUACAGUGAUUCGGACAGCGAUGGCGUGUAAACAAUGAAAUAACAACAAAAUAUAAAUUUACGGUUACGGCCCUAUUCGCGAAAAAUAAUGCUUAGGUUUUCGAAGGUCGAUGGCCUUACAAAGUUUGUUAGAUUGUUGUAAAUGUGAAAUGGAGUCAAGUCAUAAGUAGGUUGAAUAUGAUCUACUGAGUGAAUGCAGUACUUAACUUAGGGACAGUAGUUGCAGUUGCUCAAAAAUUUUUAAAACAUACCAUUAACACUUAACGCAAGAAUGUGACAACUUUAGUGUUUCGUAAUAGUUUGUCAGCAAUAUAUGUCUUAAUUGGCUGCCAUGCAGUACUUCAAGGACGAAAAAAAAGUUUGAUCCAUUGGACACAAAAUAUAACUUAAUUUUAAUAAAAGAACACGCACACAAGCUUUCGAUUCCAUCACGAAACAAACGUCCAUCUCCAUCACUUGAUAAGUUUCUGCGAUGGAAUCGAAAGCUUGUACGUGCUUAAAGUUUUAUCCUGGAGUUUGAAAACUCGUUCAUAAUAAACAUUAUUGUGACAGGAUCAAGUAACUCUUUCCUCAAUAAUAAUCUGAAUGAAAACCAUCCUCAAGGCAUCUUCAAGUAAAUAGACCUCUACAGCUGAAAGUUUUGUUUUCCCAACGUCAUGUGAUAAUGCUCCAGAGAACUGUUUCUUUCAAAUUUCGUCUUAUUCACGUCCAUAUGUACCCAAAAUUUACAACAAGGAAAACGGUGAAUUCGCUUGACCAACACUAGCUUAAGAGGUCUAUAGCGUCAAUACUUUUCACAAUAAAUGUGCAAAUUAAUUUUUUAUUUAAGUAUGAAUAAUAUUUUUAAAUGUGGUUUGCUCCAUUUCGGGCAUUAAAUUGGAUUUUAUUUUUAAGCCCUUUAAAAACGGCAAGGUAUGCCUGUCAGUCAAAUUUUGCCUUGUGGAGCGUCUUUAAAAGUGAACAAUUAAUUUGUGCCAACUCAACACUAGGCAUGCGUGGCUACUGAGAGACGCACUAAAAACAAUGUAGUAUUUCCGUUGACUAUAUUAUAUUUUAAGCUCUCUGGUGUGUAGCUCUGUUAAUAUAGCACGCGGUUACAAGAAUAAGAAAAAAAGCACAAGAAAUUGAUUCUAGCCCGGUGACAGUAGAGCUGUGUACUAAAUGAAACCUGUGACGUUGCGCCCUUGUUAGAGCUGUGUGGUGUCUAUUGGCCAGCAGACUACGUCGUUCAGUCGGGCAGGACGUACCAAUGCAUCAUAACUAAAUACCAGUAGUAUGUCUAGGCCUAUGUGUACCCUCGGUAUGUGUGGGAAACCCGCAUAGGUUUAGCGUACGGGGUAGGUGAUGGGAAGGGAGGAGGGGAGGGGAGAAUCUUGCGCACGAUAAGACAAAUUGAGCGCUUGGUUUCGCCCAUCCACCCACCUCCAUUUCGACAAUCUGCCAGAGCUUAGCCUGGGUUUCAACAAUAAGGAUUCACUGCAGUGCGUUGUUUGUCCGUUAUCUUUUUAUGAUUGUAACCUGAAUAUAAGUUCUCUCUAAUUUUCUACUUGUGAUUAUAGUUAACACGAUGUUUUUGUGUCACUAUAAAGUUAAAUUUCUUUCCAGGUGCUUAACAGUAUCUGAUUUAUUUUAUUAAUAAAAUACCCUUUCACGAGUU